AGAAAGGACGAUACUAUUUGGGCGGUGCGGUUGGUGGUCGUCGCAAUGCAAUAACAUUCAAUAUGGAGUACAUAGUACUGUGAUUCUUAUAUUUCGGCUACUACAAAUAGAUAAGUAUCCAUUAACUGUCUAGUCAUUCCAUCAUUUAGUGAAUCUGUUUCAGAAUUCUUUAGAGCGCGUAGGCUAUGCAUUUGAUGUUCAUAAAUGUAUGCAUUGUUACAGGAGAGGCGUUGUUCUGAUAGCAAUUUGGUGCGGUGACAGUUAAACUGUUGUAACAUUUAGAUACGUAUUAAUGUAGCAAUAUUUCAAAUGAUAAAUGUUAUCCUCGCAACAGCGUGUGGUGGCGAUUCUAAUUUGUAUACAAGCCUGGUAGUGGUUAAAGCGCUAUUGAACGUUUUGUAGAAUACUCGGUAACUAGGUGAAAGGUUAGGGACAUUGCUCUCAAAUAGUUCGUCUUCGGGUCGUGUAUGAUCAUAGGUAAGAGACCAGGCCUGCGCUCUGUAGGCAACGCUGCAUUAUAUGAUAACAUUUUUGCACUUUAACUAGCCAGCCUAAAACAACAAAUAAAUAACGGUUCAAACACCAACUAUACAGUAUGUAAUCCUGUAAGCCAUACUAUAAGGUCGUGACUACCUCAAAUUUAAUUUUAAUUCAUUACACAUAUUUACAUUUUCACUGUUCAAAUUAGUCAAGUUAGUCAUUUUUAUAAGAGAGACUGGUCCAAAAGCACUCUUACCUCUCUGUCCUCCACUGCCACGUGUAGUACAUCCUCUAUCCUUACCCCUCUGCCAUUACAUUUUAACACCAUGCUGUAGGCCUGUCUCGCUCACUUAUCCCACCCUUAUAACCCUUUGACACUCCUCUCCUCCACUGCUAGGAUGCGCAAUGCAGCGAGUGCCUCUUUGUCUCUGGGAUCGCUGGGUCUGCUGCGUCUCUUCGGGGUCCCCUGGUCCUGGAGCUUAGCAGCAGGCUUCGGGGUCUUUCUGGGCACAGGUGGUUGGAAGUACCUCUACAUCGUAGUCCGUACUGCCAAAAGAGACCUAAAUGGCCUUUACGUGUUGUUACGAGUCAAGAUAGCCUUGUGGCACCACCUACGGCGCAACAGCAAUAUCCCCUCCAUCUUUGCCCAGACGGUGAAGCAGCACCCAAAUAAACCCGCCCUCAUCUACGAUGCCACAGGAGAGACGUGGACCUUCACCCAGCUGGACCUGCUGUCUAAUGCUGUGGCCCAAUGGGCUCUGGCCCAGGGCUGGGCCCCGGGGGAUGUGGUAGCCCUCUUCAUGGAGAGCCGGCCCUUGCAGGUGGCCCUCUGGCUGGGCCUGGCCAAGGUGGGAGUGGAGGCAGCACUCAUCAACUUCAACCUGCGGCGGGACGCUCUCCUGCAUUGUGUUGGAGUGUCUGUGUCCAGAGGGAUUGUGUUCGGAGCCGAGCUGGCUGGUGCCAUGUUGGAGGUGAGCUCAUCCCUGAGCCCGUCGAUGGUGCGGUUUUGUACAGGAGAGCUCAGUGUAGACUGUCUGGCCUCCCUGGCUGCCCAGAAUCUGGACUAUAUCCUGGCCUCUGCCCCUACACUGCCCCCUCCUUCCUGCAUCCCACCCAAGAGCUUCAAUGAUCGUCUGUUCUAUAUAUACACCUCAGGCACCACAGGACUCCCGAAAGCUGCCAUAGUGGUGCACAGUCGGUAUUACCGUAUCGCUGCUUUUGGCUACCAUGCUUUCCGCAUGCGCCAGGAUGACAUCAUCUACGACUGCCUUCCCCUCUACCACUCUGCAGGUAAUAUCAUGGGUGUAGGCCAGUGUCUCAUCAAUGGACUCACUGUGGUGGUGAAGAAGAAAUUCUCAGCCAGUCGCUUCUGGGAAGAUUGCAUCAAGCACAACUGCACUGUGGUGCAGUACAUAGGGGAGAUCUGUCGCUACCUGCUGUCCCAGCCGGUGCGGCCUUCUGAGAAGGGUCACCGGGUUCGCCUGGCGGUGGGGAAUGGGCUGCGUCCUAGUGUCUGGGAGGCCUUCACCGAGCGCUUUUGUGUGGCCCAGGUAGGGGAGUUCUACGGAGCCACCGAAUGCAACUGUAGCAUCGCCAACAUGGACGGCAAGGUGGGAGCUUGUGGGUUCAACAGCCGCAUCCUGCCCAAUGUGUACCCAAUCCGCCUCAUGAAAGUGGAUGAGGAGACCACGGCUCUGGUGAGGGACAGGCACGGCCUGUGUGUGCCCUGCCGUCCUGGGGAGCCAGGGCUGCUGGUGGGAAGGAUCAACCAACAGGAUCCGCUACGGAGGUUUGAUGGCUACGCCAACCAGGAUGCCACCAGGAAGAAGAUCGCCAACAAUGUCUUCAAGAAAAAUGACUCUGCAUAUCUGUCAGGGGAUGUGUUGGUGAUGGAUGAGCUAGGCUACAUGUACUUCCGGGACCGCAGUGGAGACACGUUCCGCUGGAGAGGAGAGAACGUCUCCACCACCGAGGUGGAGGGAACACUGAGUGGUCUGCUGGGCCAGGCCGAUGUGGCUGUGUAUGGGGUAUCUGUACCAGAUGUGGAAGGGAAGGCAGGGAUGGCUGCCAUCGCAGACCCAACAGGGACAUUUGACUGUGAUGUGUUCCUGCGAGAGGUCCAGCAGGCCCUGCCCCCUUACGCCCGUCCCGUGUUCCUACGCAUCUCCCCACAAGUAGACACCACAGGUACCUUUAAAAUCCAGAAGACCCGGUUGCAGAGGGAGGGAUACGAUCCGCGCUUAUCAACCGACCAGAUUUACUUUUUGAACUCCAGAGCAGGGCGUUAUGAGGCUGUGAAUGAGGAGCUACACAGUGCUAUAGUGGAGGGUAGAAUGGCUCUUUGAGAUGAUGGACUAUUUUAAGCUGGGUUUACACAUGUUUAUGAGGCUGCUUUGAGCCACAGCUUGUUGUAGCUACGUUAAAUCUAAUCAAGACAACAAAAUACAUCAGGAAAGAUGGUUUAGUGUGAGAGGCUCAGCCAUGUUAGGAUCAUGAUAGUCAUGUAGUGGACACCGGCUUUAGGAAAGUGACUGUCAAGGUGUCAGAUACUGGAGACUGUGAUAUGCUGGAGUGGAAAACCUGAUCAUGCCGUUAUAAUGCAUUGUAAGACUUGUCAUAAGCAUGCAUGACCCCUUAUAAUGUCUUAUCAACUCAUAAUGAUCCUGUCUCAACUUGAUAUGUUCAUACGUUGUGAAAAAUAACAUUGUAUUAUAAAGGCUCAUCUGUGCUUAGAACACGUUAUAAAGCAGUACACCUGCAGGCUUUAAGUAGUGUUAUUGCUGAAGUCUCCAUGUAUUAGUGUUGCUCCCUGGAUCUAGUCUAGAUCAGGGUACUGAAGGGCUACUGAUCAAUCAGGGAAACCUUAGUACUGUUACAAAACCAUGUUUUAACACAAUCAAUAACGUCCAAGGACAAGGUUGGAUGAGGGCUUUUCCCCCUUUUGUAUUUCUUCAUUUGUGUUGUUUCUUAGUUUAGCCAAAUGAAAACGUUCAAGCCUUCAAUACUACAAUGUACAUAGAGUAGAGCAAGUUUUCACAUGAAACCAGGAUGUCUGUUACAAUGACAGCAUUUGUCUGUUUGUUACAAUGAGAGUGUGAAGGAAAUGAGAGCUGGGACUGAAUAUACCACAGUCGUUGAGAUACCAGUCUCUUGAAGAUUGUGUUCCAGGCUAUUUGCUCCCAACCUUGUAAUAGUAGUGUGCCACCAUGUAAAGAACAAAAUACUGAACAGGUUUUUAGCAAUACUUGAGUGUCCAUGUUGGAUGAGGUGUUGCUACCUGUGUGUUAGUAGUAUGAUAGAACAUGCCACAGCUGAACAUGCCUCUUAUUCCGAACACUAACUGUAGGAGUUUCGAUUGCGAGAUUACAUUUUUUUUUAAAUGUAAAACUAAACCUGAUUACGUAACAUGUUUGAAGUAAUGGAUGAUAUGCACUGACUGACCACUCAGGUUCACACACAUUGAUAUUAUGUGCCUUGUGGGAACCCUGUGGAAGCCCUGUGUGUCCUGGAACUAUUGGGGUUUUAUGCUUAACCUGACUAGGGAACUCCAAUACAUAAGAACAUUAUUUAAACAAUAUCUUCAAAAUCUGUCAAUUAGUCAGCGAUCAUGGUUGCCCUAUUAUUAUGUAAUAAAGCAAUUUCUCAGAGUAAUAUUGUAGAUCGAAUUGAUUGUGAACAUUAUUCUAGCUCUCCAUUUUCAUACAUUUGUUUAGGUGUAACUCAAUAAAGGUUUGUAAAAGACA